AUGGCCGAGAAUCGGAAAGUCACUAUCCGGAGUUUUGAUAUGAGUCCUGAGGUGAAGGAUGAUGCCGUUAGGUUGGCUCUUCUGGCUGUAUCAAAGUACGAAAUUGAGAAGGACAUGGCCGCGUUCGUGAAGAAGGAAUUCGACAGGCGUCACGGCGAGACCUGGCACUGCAUCGUGGGAAAGCAUUUUGGCAGGUAGGUACAUGGACCGGAAGUGAACAUUUCCCAGUUUUUCUUACAGAAAGGUGCAUUUUUAGUCAUUCAAUGGGCCUGGCUUUCCAUAUGCCUAGAAAAAUAUUUUUAUAAUUUUUUAUUUUCGCCGUAUCAGCUGACGCGUUUAUCGUCGCUACCCAGGACUACCACCGGCUCCCUUACCCACCAGAUUUCAAUGACAAGACACAGUCAAACCGAAGCGUACCAAACACGACCUGUGAGCCGGUUGAAUCUCAUCUCAGUAAGCAGGAUCCAUUAAGUCUGACUGCCAGUUAUACAGCCACUCACGCAAAGGCCGUGUCAUUUCUUCGGUUGAAAACCUUCCAAGCACGAUUUCUAGGACGUCAUUACGGAUUCAGGAGCGUUAGAUUUAUUACAGUAAGGUGUGGGCUGGUUUGCUGUGGGAAAGGAAUCUCCGGUGCUGACGUUGUUGUCGCGCUUCUCUUUCCCAUGCCCAAUCGGCUGUUUGAGCAUCUCAGCCAGCUGAUGCUGGAAUUGGACGCAGUGACUGGCGCGGCGUGGAUCCUGCACCUAGGCGUGUCCCAACAUCCCCAUAUGGAGCAGUAAUUAUGGAGGUAGAGCACUCAGGGCAGUACGAUUAACGCAUGCCGCGGCUAGGUUUCAGCAACUUAACCUAAGUGCAGAAUUACAAGUUAACCACUAUCGAACAUUGUCACGCAUAAUUGAACGUUUGUAAAUCCCGCUGCCGUUCAAAUAACGUCUGUUGGCCUUGAGAGGGGCUCUGUUACUGAAUGCUAGCAACCAGAAAGCACUGUUGACUUUGCGAGAACAGAAGAACUAACGUGAGUUGAGUCUGGCAAAGGGGAAGAGGGUGGCAGAAUCAUAGGGGCUGUUCUAAUGACCACUAAAUGAGAUUUAUCAGUUAAGAAACAGAUUUGUAACCUCGGGAGAUCAAUAUACGUUCUGCAUGUCGUUACGCAAUUCCCUAGUCUUUAAUCGAUUGCCUGACAUUACCUUCCUUCUACGCCGUCCCGUAGCCGUAGCAUUCGCCUGGCUGUGAGAACCAGCUCCACGGACCACCCCAAAAGAUUCGUAUGUCGUCCAUGUUAGGUCUUCAGCGUUCUUAUAAUUAAAGUGGGCAAGUUAGAAAUAACAGUUACUUAUUAUCCUCCCCCCUCUCUCUCUUCCUCCUUCAUUUCAGCUAUGUGACACACGAGAAGGACGCCUUCAUCUACCUCUACGUAGACAACUUGGCAUUCCUGUUGUUCAAGUUUUCACAAAUUUGA